CUUGCCGUUCUUCUCCGUCGUCUUUUAUUUCCCUAUUCCGUUUUCUGUUUUUUUUGUGUGUGUGACUGUCUUCAUCCUCCAGAUUUUGAAGUUUCUUCCGCCCCACUAUCCAGUUACUGCAUUUCCCUCUCUACUUAUCUUUUUGUACACUACUCUCAAUGUCUUUUUACCUCCUCUACUUCGAUUCGUUUUUCUUAGGGAACAUAAAAGAGUGGCUGGGGAAGGACAGGGGUUACUGAGAGAUGAGAUUACGAUAAAGGAGAGGACUGAAGCAGAACAGAAGGGGAAGGAGUAGAUGGAGAAAGGAUGCGGAAAUGUUAAGAGUGCGGGGAAGGAAAGAAGGAGGGACAUUUCUGCAUUUCAGUUUAAAUUCUGUUGCUCUACCUUUAUCCUUUAGCUCCAAAAAAAGCCAAAAUCACUGGAAUACAAUGGGCAUUGAGGUAGUUGACUUUGGCUCAUUUGGCUUAGGAAAAGAUGAACCAUCAGCCAUCGAAAUGGAGCGAAUAUCCACAGAGGUCAUCAGGGCUUUAACAGACAUUGGAUUUGUAUACCUGAAAAACACUGGAAUUGAAGAUCAAAAGAUAUUUGAAGUGAUGGACAUCUGCAAGAAGUUCUUCAUGCUUCCAAGUAACAUUAAACAACAAUAUGUCCAUACAAUGGGGUCUGAAUCUCUAACUCAUGGCUGGGUUGCAGCAGAUACAGAAAGAUUAAAUCCUGUGCGGCCUGCAGACCUGAAGGAGGCCUUUAACAUAUCAGCAUUAUCUUCACAUGUUAAAUGGCCUGUUAUUAACAACAAUCCUGAGUUUCGGGAAUGCGUGGAAUCAUUCUUCAAAACGUGUCAGCAGCUGUCAGUAAAAAUUCUGAAAGUGAUUGCACUGGGCCUGGGUCUUGAGAGGGAUUUCUUCAUCAACAAGCAUGAGCUUCUUGGGAGCAAUCAAAAUUUUACAACGCUUCGAGCUCUAUAUUAUCCAUCAGUACAGAACUCCUCUGUGAAGGAUCAUCAGAUCCGAUGUGGAGAGCAUUCUGAUUAUGGAACAUUCACUUUACUCUUCCAAGAUAAGACUGGAGGGCUAGAGGUUAUGCACAGGUCUGGCCAAUUCGUUGCUGCUCCCUACAUCCAAAAUACCGUUCUCAUCAACAUUGCUGAUCUUCUGCAGAGGUGGACAUCUGACAAAUUAUUAUCAACGGUUCACCGAGUCGUCCUUCCAGAGUCUGAAGGCAAGAUGUGCAGACCUAGACAGUCAUUGGCUUUCUUUGUUACUCCAGACAAUGAUGUGAUGGUCACAUGCUGUAGUGGACCUCAGAAGUAUCCACCCAUCCCGGCUCUGCAGUACCUACAGGACCGUAUGAAUUCUUUGCAUAAAAUGUAACACACUCCUGAUCUAAGGAGUGAAUGCAUUGGCUAUUGUGAGGAGAUGCUUCAAGAUUAUAUAGAAGUCACAAAAUUGAAAGGGCAUUUG